AUGGCCCAAAUGAAAGUCCGGCAACUACGGCAAGAGAGCUUGGAGACAUCGAUGUACGAAUACAUGGUGGGCGAGGAGAGCGAGCAGCUUCAGGCGAGCCGGAGGUUCGAGGGGAUUUGGAAGCUCGAGGCGAGGCCUUUCUGGGUGAUAUUCCUCGUGGCGUUGGGCUGCAGCUUGGCAUCUUCGAACCCUCCUCGCUUGAAACGGUCUCAGUGUGGCUUAGGUUGCUUGGGCGAGGACGACUUCGACCCCGUCCGCGUCCACGCUGACAUCGUAGACAAAAAACGAACAGCAGCAUUUACUAUCAGUCAAGAGGAAGCAAACAGGUAA